UUGUGUAGUUAGUACCAGUAACUAGCUAACUAUAUAGUCACCAGUUCUGAGCUGCUUUAUGUAACUUAGCUACCUAGCUCCUUGGCUAAUAAGCUGUGUCAGUGUGCCUGCCUGCUGUGUCAAUUAUGUCAGUGUUGAAAACCAUCCAUACAUAGCCUCGAUUCCAGACAUGGCAGUAUUGUUGGGAUUUCACACUUACAUUGUGAAGUCAUGAGCAGAGAAUCCAGUGCAUGCUUUCCGUGUCUUUUAGCCAGUGUUUACAACUUCACAUGAGUUCCAGGGAGAUAAAGGAGAUGGGGGACAUCUUGGCCAAUGAAGCUGAUCUUCUCGGGAUGAUCAAGGAGUAUUUGAAGUAUGGUGAAUUUGAAGAGACAGUUCAUCACUUUGAGAAGGAGUGUAAAAACAAAGGGAAAGUUMUUCCAAAGCCCAGAGGCAACAGUCUUCGGGACUCGAAAACGCUGAUUAUCCAGAAGGACCUGUUGAGCUCAUUUGAGGACGGCGACUUCAAGGUGUUCUUCGAGCUGUGGACAGAGUUUGUCCCUCUGGAGGUCAGGGAUUGUGAUCCUCACGCCCAGAAACUGGAGUUUUACCUUCAUGUCCACUUCACCAUCUUCCCCCUGAAAAUCCACUUGGGCAGACAUGACCGAGCAGACUUUGAGGUGAGGAUCACCCACUUCAAGAACUACCUGGAGACGCGAGGGGCAGCACUCAGUCAGACCACUGAGUUCCUACCCUACUACGCCCUCCCCUUCGUGCCCAACCCUAUGGUGCACCCCUCKUUCAGAGAUCUCUUCCAGGAUUCCUGGAUUCCAGAGAUGAAGCAAGAGCUGGAGAAGUUCCUGACUGUGACACUGAACGUGUCCAACACUCCAAGGCUUCUGUCGUUAUAUAAGGACGGCGGAAGGAAUACCAAAGACACCAUACAGCAGCUGCAGCUGCAGCUGGCCGAAGCAGAGAAGAGGACCAGCAGCUACAUGAGGAGGUUCAAUAAGAUGCAGGCCGAUCACCACAACCUGAUAGGAGUCACUGCCGAGCUGGUGGACUCUCUGGAGGCUACAGUCAGUGGGAAAAUGAUCUCCCCGGAAUACCUCCAGAGUGUGUGCGUGCGUCUCUUCAGUAGCCAGCUGAGGCAGAGUGCGGCGCAGAGCAUCGACUUCACCAGGCCUGGCACUGGAUAUUACUCUAUGAGUCCUUAUGAUGACGGAUAUGCUUCCUCAUUGCUACGAGCGUCUAUUGCACCUCAGUAAGUCCCCUCAUUGAGUUGUUCUGUGGAACCUGCCGGGGAAAAUGGCAUAUUGAAAAAAGCAC